AUGGAAAGACUCAUUGACAUCACAAUUUUCUUAGGAAAAACUGGUCAACCAUUUAGAGGUCAUAAUGAGAAAGAUGAAAGCAAUAACAAAGGCUUAUUUCUUGAACUAACUGAUUUGUUAAAAAAAUAUAAUAGUUUAACAAAAAAUCAUUUAGAAAAUGGCCCCAAAAAUGCGCAAUAUACAAGCAAUUAUAUUCAAAAUGACAUAAUACAAUCUAUAAACAAUGUAUUAAAACAAAAAUUAUCUGCUAUUUUCAAAAAUAAAUUUGUAUCAAUUAUGGCAGAUGAAACAAGUGACUGUGGUCACCAUGAACAACUUUCUAUCGUCAUAAGAUGCUAUGAUUCCAAUAAAAAUAGGCCAGUUGAGUAUUUUGUAGGACUAUUAAGACUUAUGUCUACCAAUUUUCAGUCAAUAUUUGAUUCAUUAAAUUCAUGUAUUGGAAACUUUGGAAUACCUUGGUCGUCUGUAAUUUCGGUUUGUUUUGACGGAGCAGCGGCUAUGGCCGGAUGUCAUAAUUUUGUUCAGAUAAAAUGUAAAGAAAAAAAUGAAAACAUAUUCUAUGUGCAUUGUUACGCACACUGCUUAAAUUUAGUUUUAAUAGAUUCAAUUGGACAUAAAAACAGAGUACUUUUUGAUUUCUUCGGUACUGUUCAAUUAAUUUAUGCAUUUUUAGAAGGGAGCUCUACACGGCAUGCAGUACUUGAAAAAGUAGCAAAAGAAGUAAAUACAAAAUUAGUUACUCUGAAGUCAUUAUAA